UAUACACCUCAAUAUUCAUUCGAUCAAACCACAUUGCUUCUCUAUUAUCAUUCUGCAAUUUAUUUUUAAUACAUUUUAUUUCUCUAAAGCUACAUACAUGGAUUCUUCACAUCAUGAAGUGAACCCUUGUAGGGACAUUGUUCCCUAUGUGCCACCAGUUCAAAUUUUGGUACUAGCCCCAACUCCGAUAUCAUCUCAACCAUUACAAAAUGAUGUUGGAACUAUGAUAGUAUCCCAACAUCCUGUUGUGAGGAAGUCUAGGCUAGUUACUACCAUAGUCAAAAGCACGACUUUGGUUCACUUCAUAAUUGUACCUUCUAAAGGUGAAGAAGACAUUUAUACUAUAAAAGAAAAAGAGGAUGGAGAUGAGCCAAGUGAUCCACAUCGAAUUAAUCUCGAUUACCAUGACAAGCUACAUGGAUGGGUAGCUCAAAGGAGACAACGCCAGAAUGGAAAAUGUGAAACGGAAGGUUUUAAAAAUACCUUUGACAUGUAUGACUUUUUUUUUGAUUAUGUCAUACUUGGUAAUUGGGAUUCACUGAUAGCCAUUUCUCUGUACAUGCUAACUUAG